AUAUCCUCUGAAACAGCAACUGCUUUGUCCUCCCUCACUUCCAAAUGACGCCAUUUACAGCAUAAACCCGACCUCUUCUCCGGAAAGAGGAAAAAACAAGACGAGAAAAACUUGAAAGCACCUCGGCGUGUAAGGCAGCCAAGCAUUCAACAAUUACAGCGAGUAUUUUUUAGAACUGUCCAGCCUACGUCGGAGUGCAACAAACUCGAAGGCCGUUGGCUAUUUGUGUAAACUCAACGGAUUCAAAAGUGCGCAUUUUCACUUUUCUAAUUCACAAAAAAGUGGAGAGCCAGCAAGCCCUUAGUGAUUGAUUCGUUGUUGGCAGUAUUUCGCCUCGGGGUACUCUCGCAGUGGCUAUGUUUUUGAUCUCUUAAAAUUGGAAUCUGGAAAUACUGUUGUGUAGCUACUUUAUCGUUGCACUGGAUUGUGUGGAUGGGUUUACCGAUUAAUUUAAGUAGGAAUACACGUUCAGAUUUUGGAAUUUAAUACAACAAACGGGGCUGAAGUGGUGCGAACACGGACUUCAGAUGUGUUCAAUGCCAGCCGGAGGGGUCCUUCUUCAGAGCCAAGAUGGAGACCAGUACUCAAAAUGGCAGUGGUGGCGGAGGGUCGGCCGGCUUGCUGCGUGUUCUGCGUGACAGCGGGAGGCUACACCGGCCUCACCAUGCCCAGGAAGGGCAGCCCGAUCCUGGGGUAAACCCCGGCCAGCAGGCCCCUGUGCUCUCGCUGGACCAGAUCAGGAUCACCGGGAGCAGUAAUGAGUACACAGAGGGACCAACGGUGGGACCCAUUGUGGUCCCUAGGCCCCCUGGCUCGUUGCCCACCCAGCAGAAGAACGACCUGGUGGUGCCACUGGGCCUGGGGACCAACGAGCAACUGGAGCCCCAGGACCCCAGGCCCAACCAGAGGAACUUACUCCCCCAACUUGAACAACAUCCCCAGCCCACACACUCCACAGUCCCCCCUAUGGAUGCCCUAUCUCUUUCUUCUAGCACAGAGGGCUCCAGAAACAGUCCGAGGACCAGUACAGGCAGCACGUCUUCCGUGCAGAGGCUCCUGAAUAGCCCGGAGGUUAGCGAACAGAUAAUAAUGACCCAGCCCAAAAGUGUGGAGCUUAAACAGGAGGAAUUGAAGCCCCUGGCGAGCACGGCCGGAGGGGCGGUGGUGGUCACGGUGCCCGGUGGCGGUGCCCCCGCCGCUAGGGAGGGGCUGCUGGGUAAACACGCCUACCGCUGUGAGGACUGUGGCCGGUGCAAGUGCCAGGAGUGCAUGUGCCCGCGUGCCCUGCCCUCCUGCUGGAUGUGCGGCCGGCGGUGCGUGUGCUCGGCGCAGAACGCGGUGGACUAUGGGACUUGCGUGUGCUGCGUCAAGGGCCUGUUCUAUCACUGCUCCAGUGACGACGAGGAUACAUGCGCCGACAAGCCCUUCUCCUGCAGCCAGUCACACUGCUGCGUGCGCUGGUCGGCCAUGGGCCUCCUUUCCCUGUUCCUACCCUGUCUCCUGUGCUACCUCCCAGCUAAAGGGUGUCUCGCCGCGUGCCAGAGCUGCUAUGACCGCGUCAAGCGACCGGGGUGCCGGUGUAAGAACACUAACGUAGUCCACUGUAAGAGCGUCGACUGUAAGCCAACGUAAAGGGAAAGUACCUUGGGUGUUGUGGAGAAUCGAUGGGGGUUGACAACUUUGGGCGACUGAAACGAUCACCUCAUCACGUUUUGGCCCAGUAGUCAGAAGUUGAUUGGGGGAUUGUCUAAGCUGAGCUGUUUGUCGUGGUUUGUGCCAUUUGUUUUCAGCUAUGGUUGUUAAUACAGGCUGCUUGAUCACCAAGUGUCCUGAUUUUGUACUGUUUUAAUCGAAGUCCAGAAUGUUAGCCCUUUUGACAUCUAAUACAACUGAUAUGCUAUGGACAGACUCUCCUGACUAACUUGUUUGUGAAUAGUAAUCGCAAAAGUAUGUAAAUUAGCAAAUGACCUCCUCAGAGAUGUUUUAUUUUUGUAUAUAUAAUAUUUCAACUGUGAAAAGCAUUCUGCCAAACCAGAGGCACCUUGAUCAUAGAUCCAUAUAUAUUAUGUAAUACAAUGUUUAAUGUUGUACAUUCAUGGGAAUGUAUAUCAAUCAUUUUUUUAUGUUUGCCUUGCAAGAGAAGGACAUUUACACAUCUUAUCCCUUCAACUCUACUUGUAAAUUGUACAGUGACCCUAUAAGAAAAUCUUUAUUUUCUAUUUUCAACAUUGUUUAGUGGAAAGAAUAUUUAUUUGAAGUUUUAUUAUUUUAUAAAGAAAAUAUUUAUUUUGAGAAGCAUCUUAGAAAACAUCAGCCUGUUCAAGUACUCUGAUGUUGUUGCAAGUUAGGGUGACUAGGGUGUCAAAUUGGAUGCAUAUGUUCACUAUGAAAUAGAAAAAUAUAUUAACGUUUGAAAUGAAACCCUGCUGUUUCUGUCAGUUUUUGUGUGUGCGUGCCCAGUAUCUUCAAGCUCUUCUCAGGGUAAGGUUUUAUGACAUCAGAUUGGGACACUAUCUUUUAUUGUCUUGGAAUUGUCUCGGCAGGGACUGAUCUUCCAAUGCACACUUUGCCAGCUUGACAUUACGGCUUCACUGCCCAGAACCAAUCCUUUGGAAUCUACGUAAUAACCCAAAAUGCUACACUGUCAGAGUCAGAGAAACUGACACUUUACAUUUAGACUUUUCCAUUCUAGAUGGAUUAAAAAGCAGAACAACAAGGCUAUAUGGAUUUGAAUCCGAACUCAUUUAUGUAUCUUCAUGUAGGAGAGGAGAAUGUUGACUAAACUCAAGAUCUCCCACCCCUCUACUCACUUUAGUUCAGUAGAAUGUUUGAGAGAAGUCUGAUAGCCUCCUCUUCUGAGGUAUGUAGCUGGGGGGUUAUAGCAGAGCAGUAACUCACUAACCCAUCUGUGUUUCCUGUGUGCCAGAUGGUAGGGAGGAACAUACAACCACAUGCUCUUAUCCCCCUAGCCUCACGUUCCACAGCUUCAAACUCAAAACUUCAGAGACCAAGAAUGAUGAUUUCUCACUUAGUCUUACUCUUUACCAAGUUGCAUCACUAGCUAUGUUUCCAUUAACUUGUCCAGUGAUUUAUUUAUUUUUGUUGACAUUUACAGUUUGCAAAGAAAAUAAAUGUGACAAUUGCAUGCUACGCCGCGUUUCCAUUGAACUUGCUGGGCUUAAUGACAUAUCACCUAAAAAACACUUUUUCGCCAAAAACCUACAGUGUCGAAUUAAUAAAGUGGUUGAACUGUUUCCAUUUAGGUAAAUUGCGCAUUAGGCCAAAUCAUUUGGCGACAGUCUAGCCUAUGCCCUCCCACCUAUCGGUUUCAUAUCUCAGGUAGCCUGCGAAAGCCUUGAUAGAAUGCAAUAAUUGACUAAUAUUUGCCAUAUAAUUGGAUGGUGACAUUUGCAUCCAGCCAACCAGAAAAGCAAGGCAAAGCAAUUAAUGCAUUCUUGAAAGUCAGAACAAUCCUUGUCCUGCAAAGAAACAUGAUUUUUUUUAUUGUUGAAAAAUGUAUUUAGCAAGCAGUAAGCAUUUAGAAUUAAAUGUGGAGUGGAGCUUUAUGUGAUGACAUUGCGUACUUUAAAAAUGAUCAUAAUGUAUUCUAAAAACAGUUUCCAUCAUUUGUCGCAAUAAAGAAUACUUAUGUAAAUGUGA